AGGUGCGACCUUGCACACACUUGCCGAGGCUGCAUCGCUUCUGUCCACGUGCCACAGCAAAAGCAAUGACAGUGAUGAUACUUUGAUCCGUGGAUAAUGGUUGGGACGCGUAAAAGGAAAAAGCCCUCGUCGCGAGGGCUUCUGAGCAACUACCGAUUGCUGUGCAAACAGGCCAUGAUGUUUCGGGCCCUCAAGUGUGCAAGCAAGCAACGCAGGCGGCAGGCAAAGAGGAAAAGGACUGACAGCCACAGUGAGGAACUAGUCAAAGACUCCAAAAGCAGUAGAGGCAAUCCAGACAAAGAUCAGACCCAGAGGGACACCUGGGAGGUGGACAGCGGGUUCUCAGAGGGAAGCCCACCAAUCAGCGGCAGGAGCUCGCCGUGCUUGAGCACCAUCUCCGCCUCUCUGGUGGCGCUGGACUGCGAGAUGGUGGGCACUGGGCCAGGCGGGCGAUGUAGCGAGCUGGCCCGCUGCAGCAUCUUGGAUUACCACGGCAACGUUCUCUAUGACAAAUACGUCCGGCCGUGUCAUCCCGUCACCGACUACAGGACGCGCUGGAGUGGCAUCCGGCCGCAUCACAUGCUUAACGCCGCGCCUUACGCUCAGGCCAGACAGGAGAUCUCAGACAUUCUCCAAGGCAAGGUGGUGGUGGGACACUCGCUCUUCAACGACUUCCGCGUUUUGGGUAUCUGUUAUCCGCAUCACAAGGUCCGUGACACGGGGGCCACGCACCUCCUGAGACGCUUAGCCGGCUUCCCCCGCCGCCGGCGCGUCUCCCUGAAGAUCCUGGCCGGCAAGCUCCUCAACAGACACAUCCAGCUGGGGAAUAAGGGCCACUGCUCGGUGGAGGACGCCCUGGCAGCGCUGGACCUCUACAAGCUGGUGGCCUGCCAGUGGGAGUGGGAGCUGCAGAAGCUGCUGACGGAACACCACUCGCUAGCGCAGUACAUGCAGGACCGGUACUGGCCCGUUGAAGACGACGACAACUCUGAGGCAAUCGCUUCCUAAUUUAUUCUUGAGAGUUCCGAGUUCCUCUUAAGCGUUCUCUACUCCGGGAUGGCAAAAACGCUGAUUGCCCAAAAAAUCACCGGCCAUGUCUUUUGAUCGAGCCGAAGCCAGUGAGGAAACACCGUCGAAUGAUGAUUUUUGCUCUCUUUCUGACAGCCGGAAUUAAGAACAUUACAAAUGUCAUGGAAAGCUUUUUGAAGUGUUACCGUCAUCACAAACAGGAAGUCGGCGUUAUCUUCCUUUACAUGUGCUGCUGUUGCUGCUCUUUGACGUCUCAAUUAAAACUUGAUAGUGAUAUUUAAAAAUAAA